AUGGCCCAGUCAACUAUCAACAUUCUACUGACCUCGUUCCCUGGUCUCAGUCUCCCAGCAACUCUCGCGCUUCCGCUCCCCGCCGAAACGUCCAUCACAGAACUCCAGGAGCGCAUUCACCAACGCCUCCCAGCACACAACAGCCGCCUGAUUCUCACAACAAUAUCAAAUAAGCAGCUGCCUCUGACAUCUGACGAAUCCAUCUCUGGUCUGCUCUCUAAUUCUCAGAAUGACUUCCUCUCACUCCGACUUGCGCUGCCUAUGUGCGGUGGCAAGGGUGGUUUUGGAUCCCAAUUACGUGCUGCAGGUGGUCGAAUGUCUUCAAAGCGGAAGCGCAACCAAGGCGAAGAUAAUGGCUCAAGCAGAAAUCUGGAUGGACGUAGACUGAGAUCAGUCCAUGAAGCAAAAGCCCUGGCUGAAUAUCUGGCGAUCAAGCCCGAGAUGGCAAAGAAAGAGAAAGAGGAGCGGAGGAAAAGAUGGGAGCAAAUCGUCGAACUUGCAGAACGUCGAGAGGAAGAGAUGAGAUCCGGAAAUAAGGGCAAGGUUGAUGGGAAAUGGGUUGAGGAUAAGGAAGAAGCGAACGAGAGGACGAGAGAGGCUGUGCUUGCAGCGAUGAAGUCUGGAGAUUACAAGGACAACUUAAUUGAAGUGUCAAAGGCCAGCCCUUCAGGAUCAGCCGAGUCGGAUAGUAGUGAUGAAGCAUUGGCAGGAACGAGCUCCAAGGAUACCACACCCCCUUCAGAGUCAGCAGCGAAGCCAAAACCCCAGAAGUUCUUUGGUUUUGACGACGACGAUGAGUUCAUGAGCAGUGACGAAGAUGAGGAUGAAGAGGAGAAGGAAGCUAUUCAGGUAGAAAUGGAGGAGGAUGAAGAGGUCGAGGAGGAAGCUGAGAAAGAACCAACACCUCCACCUCCACCAGCUAAAGGCAGGAGUAAAGGUAAAGCAAAGGCACCGGUCAAGGCAAAAGCAAGAGGAAAAGGCAGAGUUACGAAGCCUUGA